CGUGGACAAACAGACCCUAUCCUUGUAGAUGGCACUUUUCUCCGUAAAUGAUGGCAGUGCCUGGAAGUUGGCACUGGUUGACGUAGAAUUAAAAUAAAAAUAGGAUCAAGGGCUGCUCGUGCCAUCUAAUUCCCACACCAACCCUGCGCUGUUAAUUUAAUUGGCUGUCGUGUUCUUCACCGUCUUUUCAAAUCCAAAAAUCGCAGCUACUCCAUUAUUUAUUCGCUUUCCUUCUAAGUUCAAAGUCUUCCAUAUUCACUUUCAAAUCUAUCCAUCCAAACCUACGCCCUCUCUCUACCCUCCACCUCGAAUUCCAUCCUCAAUGGGGUCACCCUCUCCGGCUGAUCAGGUCUCCCGCCGGGCCCAAGCCCUCGCCGGUCAUCUCCGCGGUCUUCACACCUCAAUGGAGCCCUCUCUCUCCCCAUCUCCGUGCCUUCAGUACUCUCCGCCUGAGCUCGCCUCGCCGCCCUCUGAUUUCAACCUCUCCGACAUGCGGAAGCUCAUGGACGGUCACAAUCUCCAAGAUCGUGACUGGUUGUUCGGCCUCAUGAUCCAGAGCAAGCUUUUCAACCCUAGAGUUGCUGGUGGGCGCGUCUUCGUGUCGCCGGACUAUAACCAGUCCAUGGAGCAGCAGAGGGAGAUGACCAUGAAGCGAAUUCAUUAUUUGUUGGAUUGUGGGGUUUUCCAGGAGUGGUUGACUGGUCGAGGGCCGGAGGUUGAGAUGAGAAAGUUCGCUUUGCAUGAAGUGAUUGGUAUGUACGAUCACUCGCUCGCCGUUAAGCUUGGCGUCCAUUAUUUUCUAUGGGGUGGUGCCAUCCAGUUUUUUGGAACCAAGCGUCAUCAUGACAAGUGGUUGAGAGACAGUGAGAAUUAUGUGAUCAAAGGUUGCUUUGCAAUGACAGAAUUGGGGCAUGGAAGUAAUGUUCGAGGUAUUGAAACAGUUACCACAUAUGACUCAAAAACUGGAGAGUUUGUUAUUAACAGUCCCUGUGAAUCAGCUCAGAAGUACUGGAUAGGAGGAGCAGCAAAUCAUGCAACACAUACCAUAGUUUUCUCGCAGCUCAAUAUAAAUGGGAAGAGUGAAGGGGUUCAUGCAUUUAUAGCCCAGAUCAGAGAUACAGAUGGCAACAUUUGUCCAAAUGUUCGUGUAGCUGAUUGUGGUCAUAAAAUUGGUUUAAAUGGUGUGGAUAAUGGUCGAAUCUGGUUUGACAAUGUGAGAAUCCCUAGAGAGAAUCUGUUGAAUUCAGUAGCUGAUGUUUCACCAGAUGGACAAUAUUUGAGUGCAAUAAAGGACCCUGAUCAGAGGUUUGCGGCCUUCCUAGCCCCUUUGACAUCAGGUCGUGUUACCAUUGCAACCAGUGCGGUUUACUCAUCAAAGAUGAGUUUAGCAAUUGCCAUAAGGUACUCUUUAACAAGGCGGGCCUUUUCUAUCACACCAAACCAGCCUGAAGUUCUAUUGCUUGAUUACCCUAGUCAUCAACGGCGACUAUUACCUCUCCUUGCCAAGACAUAUGCUAUGAGUUUUGCUGCGAACUACUUGAAAAUGAUAUAUGUGAAGCGGACACCUGAAUCUAACAAAACCAUCCAUGUUGUUUCAAGUGCAUUCAAGGCUAUCUUAACCUGGCAUAACAUGCGGACCCUUCAGGAAUGUCGUGAAGCUUGUGGGGGGCAAGGCUUGAAGACUGAAAAUCGGAUUGGGCAAAUGAAAGGUGAAUAUGAUGUGCAAUCCACAUUUGAGGGUGACAACAACGUUCUGAUGCAACAGGUUAGCAAGGCUCUCCUUGCAGAAUAUAUUGCAGUGCAGAAGAGGAAUAGACCAUUUAAAGGACUGGGGUUAGAACACAUGAACAAAUCUUGCCCUGUCGUUCCAUCUCAGCUCACAAGUUCUACCCUCAGAAGUAGCCAAUUCCAGACUGAUAUAUUCUGCCUGAGGGAGCGAGAUCUAUUGAUCCGUUUUGCUGCUGAGAUGUCACAGCUUCAAGCACAGGGCCUAAGCAGAGAGUAUGCACUUCUUCAGAGUUAUCAACUUGCAGAAGACUUGGGGAGAGCUUUCUCAGAUCGAGCAAUUUUGCAGACCUUUUUAGAUGCUGAGGCAGCUGUGUCUUCUGGUCCACUUAAGAGCAUGUUAAGUCUGUUAAGAUCCAUGCAUGUCUUGAUUAUCUUGGAAGAAGAUGCUUCCUUCCUCCGAUAUGGUUACUUGUCACCCGACAAUGCUGCUGGAAUUAGAAAAGAAGUAACAAUACUCUGCAGUGAAUUGCGACCACAUGCCCUUGCCUUGGUCAGCUCCUUUGGCAUCCCUGAUGCAUUUUUGAGCCCAAUUGCUUUCAAUUGGAUCGAUGCAAAUUCUUGGUCGUCGGUUCAGCCCCAACAAGGGGCCACAGUUCCUCUCCAGAUUUAGAUGAAUCAAAACUUAUACUGCCUGUGGCCUCAGUACUUUUCUUUCCCCGCGGUUGUGUAAUAAGAAUGCCUUGUAAAAACCGAACUAGCCAUAGUAAACACGGUUGGCUGCUCAUGAAUAAUAAUGUGAUUGAUAUA